AUAUUAUAGUAAUUAUUGAAGAAGAAAUAAUUUCGAUCGAAGCGAAAGAAAAAAAAAAAAAGAAAAAAAAAGGAAAAGAAAGACGAAAAAAAAUGAAGGGUAAAAGUUCAAUGUCAAAUGUGUAUAAAGAAAAUAGCGAACGAAUUUUUAUCGAUGGAUUUGUUGAUGGAGGUGGAGAUUAAAAAACAAAAGAAAGAAAGGAGGUGCUGGAAAAAAUUCCGUCCACCUACUUUUUUUUUCUUUUUUUCUUUUUUCUUUUUGUUUGUUUUUUUUUUUUUUCUAGAAAAAAAGGAUUGUUAGAUUUCGCUAGCUUUGACGAAUUUAUAUAUACUAAAGCAUCAUCGUCAUAAGUGAAAACGUGUACGAACGGACAGGCGCAAUUCAUCCCAACCCCUACCACCAAAGAUUUCUCGAACAAAUACAGGCUCACCCUGGUUGGGAAGGGAUGUGGCAAAACUCUCAAACUCGUCUACCAUAGGCAGAACGUACCACCACCAUUCAACGGCAAGUGGAUGCAGGUGGCUAAUUUCUAUGGGAGUAGGGAUUGGAGUAGGGAUAGAGAAACACGAGAUUCCGAAUGUUAUCAAAAUACUCCCACCUAUAUAUUCCUCUGGCACGAUUAAACAGAAGCACUGUAACACCUGUAGACUCAUACUUGUCUGUUAUCGGUGAUAAUCAAGAUUUCAUCGUCUCUUACGAACAAGUUUAAAAGAAAAUCUAUCAUCGUAUCAAAUUUAUCAAAGAUAUGGCGAACGAGGAUAAAAAUAAUAAGAAGAAAAGUGUUAAGAAGGAAAGCGAAAGUGACAUCGAAUUGGCAUAUAUAAAUAACAAAAAGAUACAUCAGAAGAAAAUAUGUUUCUUCUGUCAAUAUUCAUUUUUUCUGAAACGUGUCCUGAGAUUGGUGAUAAGGGAAUAUCCAUUAUACAUGACGAUCUUAUUGAUACGAUUGAACAUAUUAGACGGAUCUAUAAUAUUGCAUAAAAAAAAGAUAGUGAAUUUUUUGAGAUUGAAUAAAAAUCAAAGUGGAUUUUAUCCGUCGGGAGAGGAUUUGGCAUCUCGCUCGAAAGAAUAUUGGAAGAUACCAGGAGUAAAGAAUAAUCAAAAAAUUGAACGAAAUGAAGAAGUUAAUCGAUUGGAAAGAUUUCGAAGAUAUUUCAUACGUUCGUUAAAUAUAAACCGACGUAAUGCGAUCAGUGAGAGGUCAAUGAGUAAGGAUAACAAAGACGACUGUGGUAUUAUCGAUUCAUUUUUAUCCAGAUUAGCUGAAAACCUCCAUAUUGAAAGUCAUUCAUUGGAAGCUUGCAUCGAUCACGUUAUAACGAGUUACAAUGAUAUUCUUUUAGAUAUUAAUUUUCAAAAAUUAACCAGAGCGAGCGCUAAAAGCGAAGAAGUUAUUGAAUGUACGAUAAUCAAUAUGUUCUGGCAACCGAAAGCAUUAAAAAUAUCGAAAAGGAAAAAUCGACAUGAUAAUACUAAAAAUGAUUUGAAUAAUGAUGACAGUUGGUUCAAAGCAGUUGAUCGUGGUUGCGUCGUACCAUUUCAUUCGAACAUAUAUACUUCCUAUUUUGACAAUUCAUCGAUCGAUCAAAUUUCUAAAAAUUUAUUUAACAAAUGCAUACACGAGAUCGAAGAGAAUUCAUUGAAUUAUUUCAGUUGGUACAUCGAUGAAUAUUUUUAUCACGAUAUCGUUUAUCCGCGCAGUACAUUCUCGUACGAGCAAUAUCUUAAUUAUCAAAAAUUACAAAAGAUUUGCAAUCCCAAGGUCACAGUCGAUAAAACUAAUCCAUUGGAACUUUGCAUACCAUUUGCACACGUGAUCACGUCAAACUUUUAUUCCCAUCACAAAUACGUUAGAAAUUAUAUGCGUGAUAUAUGUUUGUUCUCCAAUUCGAUGAUUCGUAUCGAUAAGGAUAUUCCAUUUAUCGUUAGAUCCCUUAAUCCGUUAACGCGUAUGCAUAUAUUUCAUAUUGUUUAUAAAAAAUACUUUUAUACCAGGCCAACUUACGAAAAUCUUUUCAAAGGUCUCGUUCUAUUGAAAGACGCGAUGUGCAGAUUAAAAUUGAAGGAUUUGGCCAUGUGCAAAAUUGGUUGUUGCUGCGAACGACUUGAUUUUGAUAAAGUCAUUAGAAUGACAGAAUUUAUUUUUCUCAAUACCAAUAUAAAUGUACGAAUUGGUUUGAAUCUGAUGAAAUGUUGCCAUUUUAAAUCACGUUCCGUAAAAUACGAUCACGAAGAAUGUAUCGAUCUUCAUUUGAAAAGGAUCGAUCGAUAUUUUUCUUACGAUACCAAUGACACCUCCAAAUCCGACGAAUAUUCGAGCGAUGAGGAUUAAUUUGAAAGAAAAAAGAAAAAAAAAGAAAAAAAAAAAACAAAAGAAAAAUAUAUAAAGGAAAUUGUUGUGUCAAUCAAAAAAGACAAAAAAAAAUUAAAAAGCAAAAAAAAGAAAACAAAAAAGAAAACAAAAAAAAAACAAAAACAAAAGAAACCUCCAAGAGUACCUGCACGAAAUUAUAGGAAUUGUCAAAUCCCCAUAGAAAAUAUUUUUCGAUAUAUUUUGCUCAUGUGAAUCCUUGUGUCAUCAAAUUAUUAUUUAUUACAUGUUUAUUAUAUUCUAUAUAAUCGUAAAAUAUAUAAAAAAAAAAGAAUCUAUUUAUUUUCUCGAUGUAGGAAAAUGAUGUGAUAAUUGUUCGAUGUUAAUUAAUGAUGAAAUGAAAUGUACCUGAAUGUUAUAUCAGAAAAAUCUUAUAAAAGAAGAUAAUAUACGUCUAAUCAUA